GAGAUGACUUCCAAGGAGGACGGCAAGGCGGCGCCGGGGGAGGAGCGGCGGCGCAGCCCUCUGGACCACCUGCCGCCGCCCGCCAACUCCAACAAGCCGCUGACGCCGUUCAGCAUCGAGGACAUCCUCAACAAGCCGUCCGUGCGGAGAAGUUACUCGCUGUGUGGGGCGGCGCACCUGCUGGCGGCCGCGGACAAGCACGCGCCGGGCGGCUUGCCCCUGGCGGGCCGCGCUCUGCUCUCGCAGACCUCGCCGCUGUGCGCCUUGGAGGAGCUCGCCAGCAAGACCUUUAAGGGGCUGGAGGUCAGCGUCCUGCAGGCAGCCGAAGGCCGCGAUGGGAUGACCAUCUUUGGGCAGAGGCAGACGCCCAAGAAACGGCGAAAAUCACGCACGGCCUUCACCAACCAUCAGAUAUACGAAUUGGAGAAACGCUUUCUAUACCAGAAGUACCUGUCCCCUGCAGACCGCGACCAAAUUGCGCAGCAGCUGGGCCUCACCAACGCACAGGUCAUCACCUGGUUCCAGAAUCGGCGCGCCAAGCUCAAGCGGGAUCUGGAGGAGAUGAAGGCCGACGUGGAGUCUGCCAAGAAACUGGGCCCCAGCGGGCAGAUGGACAUCGUGGCACUGGCCGAACUCGAGCAGAACUCGGAGGCUUCGGGCGGCGGCGGCGGCGGUGGCUGCGGCAGAGCCAAGUCUAGGCCGGGUUCUCCGGCGCUCCCCCCAGGCGCCCCGCAGGCCCCGGGCGGUGGGCCCUUGCAGCUCUCGCCCGCCUCUCCGCUCACGGACCAGCGGGCCAGCAGCCAGGACUGCUCAGAGGAUGAGGAAGACGAAGAGAUCGACGUGGACGAUUGAGCUGCACCCUGGACCUCCUGCCGCCCGGGCCCCCGGUGCCCGCAUGCCCGCCGCCUCCCGGACCGGACCGCUAAGGGGAGCUGGGACCUCCUCUGCACCUCCCGCCUCCACCCUUGUCCCGGGGCCGGACUUGGCCCCUGACAGUCGCCUCUUCCCUCUCGAAGCAAUAAAUCCGGGCCGGCCGGCGGGGCCGGCCGCCACACGCGGCCUCCGCCGCCCCGGAAGCCCUCGCCGUGCAAUUCUGUAUGGCUUCUGUAUAAAUAUUUAAGCCUAUAUAGUGGGUUCCUUCCACUACAGCCUGAUUUUUUUCUUUCUUUUAUUAUGAUUAUUAUUAUUUUCUUUGAAAUCUCAGAGAUUUCCAUGUUUUCAAAGCCCCGGUGCUGCCGGGUUGGCUGACGGUGAGGCGGAUUCGAGAGCGGCGAACACUAACUCCUGCGGUCUAGAAGCUGUUUUAAUUUUUCUCUGCAUGUGGCGAAUGCACCGGUCCGCUCGCCUCCCUCGGCCUAUUACAGUUGACUUUUAAUUUCCUUCUGCCUUUUUUUUCCCUGCGUGAGAAGGGGGUGGGGGGGACAGCCGGGCCUUGACUUGCAAGUUUCAAAAUCGAUCUUUUCUUUCCCCAGCGAGAGAAGUCUGUUUUCGAUGGCGUGUCUGUCUCCCAAUGCCCACUAACUAUUUUUAAAAUUUCUCCAAACCUUCCUGCAUUUUCUCGGACUGAUUGCUGGAGUCUGGCUUAGGGAAAAAAGCAAGGAAACAUCCAACCAAUCAUCGAAAACAGAACCCAAAGCCCUAGAAUUAUUUUUUACUCUUUUUAGAAUUUUUUUGCAUGUGACAGAGACCUAAAGAAGGGCGACCCAAGCGCUAACUCUCACCUCCUCCGUAGCCCUGGGUCUGUCUGUCAACAUCUCUCUCCUGUCUCAAGUUGGCCAUUCGAGGGUGGCCCCGUGAGGGUGGGUUCCAGGCGCCCCUUCCCAGCUCCUGUCCUGCCCUCUCUUUCUCCGUCUGUACCCAAGGCCUCUUUCUCCGAUAAAUAAAGUCUUUGCCAUUUUACUA